AAAGUGAUGAGGGCAGCACAAAAUUGGUAGUGUAUGAGUUGUUGUGCUUGUAAUAACAGUAACUGCCAGCCUUAACCAUUCGGACAAAAGACCAAAGAAAUACAAACAAAUUAUUGCCUUCUUUGUGUUGAGAUCCCUAUAAAUCGAUCAACCCUAAGCCCAUCAACUCCACCACUUUGAGCAUCACUAGCUAGGAUCUCAACAAACUUCAAACUGAAAACACAAGACAUCAUCAAAGUAUGGCAGUUCAACAUUUUCUUGCAGCCUCAGCACUCCUUCUCUCCUGUCUUGCAGUCACUUCUUACGCCGUAACCUUCUCUUCCCUUCCCCGGACUCUAGUCCUCUCCGUCUCUACGACGCAAGGACACGUUCUGAGAGCUGGGGAAGACAAUAUAACAUUGGCAUGGUCGCUCAACACGAGCCUCCCAGUCGGGACGGACUCAGGAUACAAGACGGUGAAGCUGAAGCUCUGCUACGCGCCUAUUAGCCAAAAGGAUCGAGCGUGGAGGAAAACAGUGGACGAUCUAGCAAAGGAUAAGACCUGCCAGCACAAGAUUGCUAGUCAGGCGUACAGCAGUUCAAGCAGCACGUUCACUUGGACGUUGCAGAAAGACGUGCCGACAGGCACAUAUUUUGUAAGGGCAUACGUGCAUAACUCUGCGGAUGAGGUGGUGGCCUACGGCCAGACCACGGAUGCGCACAAGGCUACCAACUUGUUCGACAUCCAGGCGAUCUCCGGCAGCCAUGUCUCCCUCCACGUCGCCUCAGUUUGCUUCUCUGCUUUCUCUGUUGUUUCCUUGUUUGGAUUUUUCUUCCUGGAGAAGAGGAAAUCCAAAUCUUCUCAGCACAAGUGAAUGUACAUAAAUAUUUACUUGAAUAAUCUGAGAUUGGAGGUUUUUUCCUAUUCAA